AUGCAGUACGUAGGUAGAGCCAUUGGAUCAGUAUCCAAAACCUGGUCGUCCAUUAACCCGGCCACACUGAGUGGUGCUAUUGAUAUCAUCGUGGUGGAACAAGAAAAUGGUGAUCUGGCUUGCUCUCCCUUCCAUGUUCGGUUUGGAAAGUUUCAAUUAUUGAGGCCUUCCCAAAAGAAAGUGGAUUUCAUCGUCAAUGGAGAAAAGACAGACUUACCAAUGAAACUGGGCGAUGGGGGCGAAGCUUUCUUUGUGUUUGAAACCGAUGCUGCCAUCCCGAGUGAGCUUCAAACUUCCCCCGUCAUCUCACCUGUAUCCAGCCCAGAACCAGCCUCUCCACUGAGUACUCCUUCCAGACCAAACUCUGAACCAGAUUAUUUAGAAUUAGGGGAUGGAGAAUCUACAACCAGUGAAUUAGAGAACUUCAAGUUAAAUCGAUAUCCCUAUUUAUCAACUGAGGUAUCGCAUUCAGAUCCUGGUGUUGGGUCUGUGAGCUCAAGUCCUGAGAAUACGAAGAUUAUUCAAAAGAUCUCUCGGAAACUCAAUACGAAAAAUAUUCCUUCCAAGGUUGAUAAUAACGGAAAUCUUGUAUUGGAUAUACAAGGUUACAAAAGUGAUGAUCUAGACGACAAUUCCAAAUCUUUGAAACAGUUGUUAUUGGCUGAACUCGGAGAAGAUGUAGAUUUGGACAAGGUUAUUGAAAAAGAUCACGAAGGAAACAUUAUGAUCAAUGGUGCCAUAUCUUUGUUGAGCGGAGAAGAUGAUCUGGAAUCAUUUCCUCAGACCGACGACCAAGCUGAGAGUCUCAAAUUGGAUCUGGAGUCAGAUAAAUCUGACAUUGAAUCAGACACAAAUCAUGAAUUGUCUCGCUACUUCAAAACGCUAAGACUUACAUCAGAUCAAUUGAAAUGUCUUACACUGAAGAAGGGAAUUAACGAGCUGAAAUUCAGUGUCAACAAGGGCAAAUCUGUGGUGACGGCAAAUCUAUACUUCUGGGACUAUUAUGACCCCAUAGUCAUAUCGGAUAUAGAUGGAACCAUUACUAAAUCUGAUGCCUUAGGCCAUGUAUUUACCAUGAUUGGCCGUGAUUGGACUCACAAAGGUGUAGCCAAAUUAUUUUCAGAUAUCAAAUCCAAUGGAUACAAUAUCAUGUAUUUGACUGCAAGGUCUGUUGGUCAAGCCGAUUCGACCCGCUACUAUUUAAACAACAUUGAACAAGAAGGCUUGAGGCUUCCUCAAGGGCCGGUGAUCCUUUCUCCGGAUCGCACAAUGGCCGCUUUACGAAGAGAGGUAAUUUUGAAGAAACCUGAGGUGUUCAAGAUGGCAUGUUUAAACGACAUAAAGAAACUGUAUCUCACCAAUACCAAAGACCUAAAUCCGAACACAGAUUCUGCAGAUUUCACGGAUAUCAAUACGAACACUUUGAGAUCUUCAAGUCUUACAGAGGAUGUACAAACGCCAUUUUACGCCGGUUUUGGUAAUAGAAUUACCGAUGCUUUGUCCUAUAGGUCAGUAGGGAUACCAUCAUCAAGAAUUUUUACCAUAAACCCAGACGGUGAUGUUCACAUGGAGCUACUCGAAUUGGCUGGGUAUAGAAGUUCUUAUGUACAUAUUAGUGAGCUGGUAGAUCAUUUCUUUCCACCAGUGAACACUGAACUAUUUAAGUCGAUGCCUUCUGAUACCUAUCGGAACACGGCAAAGUUCUCUGAUGUCAAUUAUUGGAAAGAGCCUUUGUACAAUUUUGAGGAGCUCAGUGAUGAAGAUUCUAGUGAAGAUGAGCUAAGAAGAAGAAAGGAGGAGGAACGUUUACAGUCUGCUCCUCGUAGUCCAAUAUUGGCAGCAGGAGCAUCGUUUUUCAAAGGAAGUAGUAGCCUUUUAGGUUCACCAGAACGGAUGACUUUGAGUGACCCAAAGCCAACUGAAGUUGCCCCUAGCACAAUCAAACCCCCAAAAUCAGUUGGUUCUGUAUCAUCCGAUGAAGAAAAGCUGAAAGAUCAUGAUGAUUUCAUUGACGUUGAUCACGAAGAUGAAACCUUGGAUGAUGAUGACGAUCCCUUUGACUACGAUUACGAGUAUGAAGAUGAAGAAGAGGAAAAUGACGACGUAGAUGAAGUUGAUGAUGGGGAAGAGUAUUCAGAUGAUUAUUAUGACGAAGAAGACGACUACGAUGAAGAAUUAGAUCAUACUUUAGAACCAGACCAAAAGAAAGAACUGGACCAAACAGCUGAAGCCAACCAGUUACCCCCUUCAGGACCCGAUGAAAUGGAAUCAAAAUCUUUCAAGAAAGCCAGUGAUUUAAUAAGCAAAAUGAGAAUCGAUGACAGCUGA